GUUCAGCAGCACCAUCACUGCACGCACGGCGCCAUAUUACACGCACGUUACACGACUGCAGAGGAGCGGGGAUCCACAUGUCGUCAUCGGUGCUCAGGCCGCAGUAGCCGCCGUGGACAACAUUCGAUGUAACCGCUCUAUGUUUGACACCAAGUAACCCAAUCGAACAUCUCCGGCAGCGCCGUCCGGGGCGUCUCGUUUUCGUCGUCGUCGUCGUCGUCGUUCAGCUAACUCGCCGGGCAGACAUGAGUUCCUUGACUCAGCGGAGCUCGGGCCUCGUACAGCGGCGGACCGAAGCCUCGCGCAACGCCGCCGACAAAGACCGUCCGUCCGCCGAGGAGGACCACGAGUCCCGCCGGGGCGACGAGCUGGAGGACGACGACACCGGGGACUCGAAAGAAACGCGUCUCACUCUGAUGGAAGAAGUGCUGCUGUUAGGCCUGAAGGACCGAGAGGGCUACACCUCGUUCUGGAACGAUUGCAUUUCAUCAGGGUUGCGAGGGUGCAUGCUGAUAGAGCUGGCUCUGAGGGGACGCCUGCAGCUGGAGACAUGUGGCAUGAGGAGGAAAGGUCUGCUGGCCAGGAAGGUCAUCUGUAAGUCAGACGCUCCCACAGGUGACGUGCUCCUGGAUGAAGCUCUGAAACACAUCAAAGACACUCAGCCGCCGGAGAGCGUGCAGAGCUGGAUCGAACUGCUCAGUGGAGAGACCUGGAACCCCCUGAAACUCCACUAUCAGCUGCGGAACGUCCGCGAGCGUCUGGCCAAAAACCUGGUGGAGAAAGGCGUCCUCACAACUGAGAAGCAGAACUUCCUGCUGUUUGACAUGACCACACACCCUCUGACCAACAACAACAUCAAGCAGCGCCUCAUCAAGAGGGUCCAGGAGGCCGUACUGGACAAGUGGGUGAAUGACCCCCAACGAAUGGACAAGCGGCUGCUUGCGCUCAUCUUCUUAGCCCAUUCCUCUGACGUGUUGGAAAAUGCCUUUGCUCCGCUGCUCGACGACCAGUAUGACCUGGCCAUGAAGAGAGUGCGGCAGCUGCUGGAACUGGAGCCUGAGGGGGAGAGCAUGAAGGCCAACGCCAAUGAGCUGCUAUGGGCCGUGGUGGCCGCCUUCACCAAAUGAAGGUUCCACACACACGCACACACACACACGCACACACGCACACACAGGACAGAAAGCAGUCAUGGCAUUCAAGUGGCAUUUUACGUUGGGAUAGGAAUCACGAUACAGACCCCGACAUGGUGACUUGACUUACAGUUCCCUCCUGCCUGGACUUUUGGAAUGGGCUGCCCUCUUUUCUUGUCCCCCUCUCAUCUUCAUUUUAUUUUCCUUCCCAGAGAAACUGUCCUCGUUGAUCCUUCAUGCCCCGCCCCCUCCUCCAUGUGUCCUUCAUGUCUUCACUUUUGCUAAAAGAUGGAAUGAAGCGGUUGGCGAUGACGUGGGUGUAAACGGCUGAAAUCGAGAUGUUAAUUCCGAUCCUCAUUGUUUUCUGUCGGGUUUGUCUUUGAAGUUCUGAGAGGUAUCUCAUGCACGGCAGCGUCACGACACACCUGAUGCUACGACGACCAGCGCAGUGAACACACGGGCGAGGAUAUGCUGUGAGAACACCAUGACUGUCUCACUUUGUAUCAAGCAGUUGUCUUUUCUUUUUUACGUAUCGUUGAUGCCUCUUAAAGUGAUAGCUCAGGUUUUAUGAAGUGCUGUUGUACACUGUGGAGCACUGACUGUGCUGAGCACGCCACCAUAGUGAAGAAGCAGCCCGACACACGGACACUACUGAACAUGGCUGCCAGCAGGACAUUGACCUCACCGUUGAACAGCCUGUUCACUUUGUUUUGCUCUGUCGGCGUCCACAGAGAGAACCAGACGUUUUGUUGUGCGCCCCCUGCUGCCUGUGACACGUCACAGCAGCUCCCACACAAUAAACAUGCUGAUUUUUCUCUCUGGACUUUGGUAUGACAGAGUGAUUCAGUGGCGGACAUAUUGUCAUGAUGUCUCAUAGACUACCUUGGACUACAACUGCCUUUUAAAACCCCUGAACUAUCCCUUAAAUCCAUCCCAUCCAUUAUUACUACGCCCUUCUGUGCGAGGACAUAGUGGGACACUGUCGUGGUUCACGUGGCCCGUUUAUUGGUUGAUAGGUCACAUGAUCUACACGGUGUAAAGCAGGUGACGUGUGAACCGCUGAGCCACCGUGAACCCCUGACAGUUUGGUUGUAUUUGUAAUUGCUUAAUGUUCUACAAACUCACAAUAACAGAGAUUUGGGAGAAAAAAUGAGGUUAAAAUCUUCAGUGAAAAUCAAAUCAUGGUACACAUUAUGAACACUUUGUGGCUGAUAUAAAUACAAGGUAUCGUGAAGCCCUCGGGAGGCUAAAGGAAUCUGUUGAUUUUAUUGUCAGAACAUGAAUUAGUUUGAGUCAUAAAAUGAAGAUAAAAAUGUUAAUCAUUUCUUCCUCAAAUGUUUUAUUUUCUUUACAAACCAAAGAUAUUUUCACACUCUUCAAUAUUAAAAUUCUGAUCAACGCUAUUGUGAUUCAAACGUUAAACACUUGAAGGACCUCAGUUGUUGAAAUGUUUGAAUUUAAAGGUGAAUUCAAGGGUGACGGAAAGAUCUGCUUUAAAACAGAUUGUAUUUGUGUCAUAACGUCUAAAACUACAUGAAAUCUAGAAGAGUCUCAGUGUUAGUGUUAGUGCUGGGACGACAUGGUUUUGUCCUGAUUAGUUUGUAUCUUUUUACUUAAAACCAUUAUUGAAUGUUAUGAAUGAAUGAGUCAGUAACCCUCGAGUUAUUCUUGGUUUAUUCCAACCAUCUAAACUGAAUGGGACGGGGAAACAUAGCUGCUGUAAUUAGCUGCUCAUGCUAAUAAUAAAGCAAAUACAAUCAGGCUAAGUAGAAGAGAAAGUGUGUUUGUAGCCUAAUGAUGAAGAGUAAUGAAAAAGUAAAAGACUGGGAUCAUGGUCUUCAGACUUGACUGAAUGACUUAUUUAGACAUUCCAAAUAAACAGUCAGUUCUUUGUUAAUGGUUUAGUCCAAAAUGGUUUCAACAUCCAACACAAAAGCAGCUUCAUUCACGACGAGCAGCAGCCUCGACCUGCACUCAUGUUCUCCGUCACAAUCGAAGACUUACGUCACCGCUCUGUGUGUGUGUGAGUGUGACCCACGGAACGUUGUUGCGUUUAACAUGUAACUCUUAUCCAGUCAGUGAGCGGUUACACUUCAAAGUGACACGGAGGAAACGUCAUAGCUGAGCACACGUGCGUGUCUUACCGUGUCGUGUCGUGUCGUGCAGGUGGAUCGAUGACGAUGACGAUGAGCGGCCCUCGAACAAACAGCCGUGGAGUCAGUUUUCUGACGUCGUGUGAAAAAGUUUCGCUCGCUCCACUUUGAAAGCAACGUGCGCUUCCGCUUCUGCGUAUGACGUCACUCACGGCGCGCGGCAUAGAAUUAAACUGAAUAGAUCGGCCCAUUGUCACCGGUUCACGAUCUAGAAAGUCAGUGGUCAUCGUUGCCAACGGUGAAACAUCACUGCAUGAUAAUAAUUAGAAAGCAAAUACAAACAUGGAAGUUGGAACCUGAACAACAUUAAGGUUUUUAAAGAAUAAUCAUGAAAUGUACCUGCAGAAAUACGCCUUUACUUCACGUAUCUGUUGAGUAACAUCAACAAAUAUGCUGCGCUGCAUUCACAUCAGGACUGAGGUCAGAGUUCACCACGCUCCACUUCAUGCUUCACGUGCUAUUUUUCUAAAAGAUGUCACACCACUAAUUCAUCUUAAAUGUCAAAGAGGAGUUUUAAGACACAGAAAAGUUACUUAGUUAAAAAAUCAGCACAUUGUUGUACAAUAUUUAAUAGUUCAGAGGAUGAAGAUAUGAUAUUUGACUUACUGCUGUCGCGUUUAGUCGUACUUUAUUAUGGAAGACGCUGUCGUUAAUGUGAUAAAUCCACUGAUGACUCACGAAAGCGAAUCAGAAGAAAAUGAGUGUAUACUUAUGUAUUUAUAUCAGUCACAAAUGCAAAAGGACAUUUUGUAUCCCAAUUACAGUCAGCGUCAUCUUUGUGCACUUUGUGCUUUAAAACCAUCCAAAACGAAGCCUUUCAUGUUUCUUUCUGCCUCAAUUCACUUUAUAAAUUGUACUUUCAUCCAUGUUUCAACUGUUUUCUGUUUUAAAUGUUUUGUUUUCACGCAGCUUCUGAUGUGAAAGACACAGCUGAUCACUGAUUACCCUCUGAUAUUGUAUGUAGCAUAGGGCCGGGGGGGAUUGGUAAUGGGAGAUUAUACGUGUUCUAUCUGAAUAAAGGGACCUCUAAUCUGUGUUCUGUCUUUGACCCUUGAAAAUAAACCAUGAGCUUGGAAGUGCCUAAUCAUA